CGACAACUUACACGCCAGAGGCUCAAGCAGCGCCGGUUUCCGCUCACAUGAGUUGCUCCCCGGCCUCACCAAGACCCUCACCCACCCUGUCUCGCCCGCCGCCCUCGUGAGCCCAGCCGAAACCGAAUUCGCACACACCCCCAUCGAGGCCACUUUCGCCGAUCGCAUCGAAGGCCCGCCCGACCGCCCCCUCCCCGAUCGCCCGACUGCCACUUCUCGAUCGGGCAUUCAGAGAAGCAGAAGCGGCACAGCCACGCAAGCCGACCAGCAACGCCUGCCCGACGCCAGCGUGGACAAGUUCGUCAUGCAGCCAGGUGAGAAUGGGUACGAGAGUGAAGGAGAGGCGGACGACGAGUCGGAUCGCAAUGAGAUUGGCAUUCUCUCCCCGAACGAGGCGGAACACUAUGACGACGAUCAAUCACAUCCCUCCGAGUCGGACGAAGAGCAUCUUUCGCCCAGCGGAACAGACACGCUGCUCGCCACCGGCCAAUCAUGGGGAGAUCGAGAGGUACGGAGUCCUACCGGCAAGAUAACUCAAUGGAAUAUUGAACAGGCGGCGGACUACAUCUCGUCGCUCGGAAUGGCCAUGCAACAGUACAGUCAGACCUUUGUCGACGAGGCUGUCAAUGGGGAGGCGCUGAUUGCGCUCGGCCACGAUGAGCUGCAAGAGCUUGGCAUCAAAAGCGUGGGUCAUCGCUUGACAAUCCUCAAGGCCAUCUACGAGCAGAAGCUGCGGGCGGGAGUGAAGAUUGACGAGGGUGACUACGUCCCCCUAUCGGCGGAGGGCGACAAGUUUGAUCAAAACGCAAGUCAGGACGAUAUCACCCGUGUGAUUGAGUCAAUCAAACUUCGCGACCAGCGCAUCAUAGCUGCCGAGGCCGAGCUGAGGGCGCUCAAGAUUGAUUUGGAUCGGAUAUCGGAAGAGAACCGCAAGAUACGCGAAGAGACGCUGCCCAUCAUGAGAUUGAUCAAAGAUCAAAGAACACCCUUGCCGGACCCGGCUGGGGGAACGCUACCUUCACCGCGAGACAUCGCCCCUCCGAAACAGGAGGAGAGUAAAGGCAGCUCACUGAGUCGGAAGUUUUCUACCAAGAAGCUGUUCCUGGGUUCGACAAAGCAGCCGUCACCCACGAACCCCACGAUUUCAGGACCAAUCUCACAACCACGAGAAGUACGAGACGAUGGAGGCGCACACCUCGAAGCGAGCGCGGCAGCAAUGGCGGCAAGCAGUCACCUAACCACCAGCAUGACCAGCCAGACAAGUCCGAACAGCAUCCAUAAUCAGCAACUCAGCCCCACCAGUCCGUACAGCGCGCAAGCCCCAUCAUCAGGCGGCUCCUACCACCACACAACUUCCGCACCACGAUCGUUCCAACGUGACGCCACGGCGACCAACCGCCAUCAUGGCCACGUGGACGACUCUGGCACAGGUCACACCACGCCCGGCCACAUCAGCCAGGCCAGCACGGUAGUGCCCGAAUCCAACCCGCAAGUCGAAAUCUUCAAGAGCUUCCGCGUGAGCAUUGAAGAUCCGUGUCGUGUCGUACUACCCGUGGCUCUACGACGGUACAACAUCCAAGACGAUUGGCGGCAGUAUGCGCUGUACAUUGUACACGGCGACCAAGAGCGGUGUCUCGGCUUGGAAGAGAAGCCGCUCCUCCUCUUCAAGCAGCUGGACAAGGAAGGCAGGAAGCCGAUGUUCAUGCUGCGGAGACAUGCCGCACCCGCCGAGGGCUGGAGCAAUAGUGCGAGUGUGGGGCAGGCCCAGGAAGGGGGAGGCGCGAAGCAAAUCCCCGGCGGCGUGCUCUAGAAGAGAUGUUGUGCCUGGCUGUUUCUUGGGAGGCUCGAAUAGGGGGUUUGAGCUGCAGCGAUUGCCUCGACAUUGAUGCCUGUGACUUUGUACAGGAAGCGGCAUGCUCCAGAGGUGUACAGCAAAGGUCACUUGCAUUGGCGAUUCACGAUCUCACCUUGUUAGAAUCUACAUCCGUGAGCAAGGUUGACACAUGCGACUCAAAGGACUCCAUGCCGGAGCAAGAGGGCUGGUGCAGUUGAAUCAAUAGGUCGUUGUGUUCAUCCAGCGAGUACAACAAAAGAUCGCUAAAUACCAGAGCC